AUGGCUUCUGAUCUGAUUAACCUCCAAAGAGAUUAUUUACUGAAACUAAUAGGGAGUGUGGAAACGUCCAAUGGCCUCAAGUGUCUUGUCCUGGACGCCAAUUCAGAGAGGUUAGUCAAUAGCUUAAUCGACAGCAACACUUUGCUGAGGUAUGUUACCACGGUGGAAAGAAUAGAUAAGAAGCGGAAAAUACGGCUCUCAAUGGAAGGAGUCUAUUUAAUUGGACCUACAAAGUUUUCAGUUAAUUGCCUUCUGGCAGACUUCCAGAUCAAUCCCACUCGAUACAAAAAAGCUCAUUUGUUGUUUUUAUCUCCGUUAGCAAGAGAGUUGACGAAUCUAAUUAUGGGAAACAAACAGUUGGAGGCAAACACAAUUACGCGAAGGACCGUAGAUUUUACUUUGCUGCCUUUGGAAAGUCAUGUCUUCCUUUCGGAUGCUCCCGAUUCUCUCCCAACCUUGUACAAUGAGAACUGUUUGGACUUGAUUCGAUAUCAAGCGUCUCGAGCUGUGCAAACUUUAAUGAAUCUUUGCAUUAUAACUGGAGAGUAUCCUUUAGUUAGGUACUAUUCUCCCCAGAAUCCCAUUAAUAAGUCCUCGGUAUUGCCCCGAAUGAUUGCACAGGAGUUUCAAAGCACACUGGAUGAUUAUUGCAGAAUUAAGCAAGAUUUCCCUGGUGAUAACCCAAGGCCCCGGUCAAUUUUUAUCAUCACCGAUAGAACAAUGGACCUGCUGGCACCAUUGAUGCAUGAUUUUACCUAUGAGGCAAUGUGUUUUGAUCUACUUGAGUUCGCUGAAAAUGUUGACGGUGAUUAUCCCAAUACGUAUCGUUAUUCUGUGGAGAAUGAAAAUGGAGAGUUAUUGGAUAGAGAAGCUUCAUUAAAACCCCCCAUUGAUGACUACUGGGAAGAGUUGAGAAAUAUGCAUAUUUUAGAUGCCAGCAAUCAAUUAGAUGUGAAAUUGAAUAAGCUGAUAACUAAUAACCCUAUGAUGGUUGAUAGAGAUAAAGCCUCAGGAACAAGAGAUUUUCUUUUCAUUGUUGCUCACUUGCAUGGAUUUGACGAAGAGCGCAGGAAGAUAAUGUUACACAAGAAAUUGACUGAAGAGCUGUUGGUAAUAAAUAAUGAACGUCAUUUGGCAGAGUGUGCUGAUUUUGAGCAAAACUGUGCUGCAUUUGGAGUUUCUUAUGAUGGCGAAAAAAUCAAAGACAUGGCAUCUUUUUUACUUUCAUGGAUCUCUUUAGACUAUUUUACCACUUCCGAUAAGAUACGUUUAAUCCUGAUUUACGCCAUCUACAGAGGUGGACUGAUUAGAGCAGAUGUAUCAAAGCUGGUAAAAUUUGCGGGAUUAGCUUCUGCUGAGGAACACGUCAUGACAUUGUUUGAGAAUUUUUCUUUACUUGGAUUUCAGCUUUUGAAAGCUCAUCCAAAAGACAAAAGUUUCAAGAAACAGUUUUGGCACAAGAUAGAUAGUAAUGCUGUUCUAAACACAUCCAGAUAUAAACCAGCAAUCCAGGCUAUCGUAGAACUAGCAUCAAAGGGAAUCCUGGAUGAAGCUUCAUUUCCUUACAUAAAGGAUAAGCCUUUGGAAGUUAGUGAAACAAACCCUGAUUCGGCAACUUCUCUCAAAAAUCCAAGGUAUAGAGCUGCUUGGAGCAGAAAGGGUAGCAGUUAUAGUCCGCCUAAGCAGAGAAUAGUAGUAUAUUCUGCAGGCGGUAUAACAUACUCUGAAAUGAAGGCUGGAUAUGACGCUGGAUGUUUAUUGAAUAAAGAUGUUUUUAUUGGAAGUGAUGAGGUCAUCACUCCGAGGAUGUUUGUGAAUAAUGUUAUUGACUUGACGUCUGAUAGAGCCUCAUUAUCGCUAUUCUAUGAUCGAAGAAGAGCAGCGGGAGAGUCUGCUCCAAAAGUUUUGUUUGAACAGGAGAGUCAUCAUCGUCCUUCUAUAGGUGGUCCUGUUGAUUCUUCUGCUAGUUUGGCGUCCACCACAUCGCAAUCCCACGAGCCUCCUACAAAUGAUAAAGAAAAGCAUCGAAAAAGGGAUAAGCUGAAGAAAUUUUGGAAAUAG